AUGGCUGAAGCUUCAAAUACAUCAAGGUUUACUUCAACAAGCUUGAAAGAAGUUGGAAAAUUGCUUGGCCAAUAUUUUGGGCUAUUGUUUGCAAUAAUCGCAUUUGUAUCAAUCAAUACAAGCAAGGAAAAGUCUCUACUUUUAAUGGCUUUGGCUUUCAUGGUUACUCUUUACUAUACAGUUUUGGUACUUGUCAAAGUGUUGCAGCUUCACGUUCCAUUAAUGAUAUUGGUUAAUCUUUUACUUGGAGCUCUUGUUUCACUUUUAGCUUUGAUGAUUAUUUCUCCUAUAAUUGCUUGGACUUAUUUGGGCUUGUGGAUUUUCUUCAUCUUUGGUUUGGUGUGCUAUAAAAAUGGAAAAGAGAUCUAUCUAAUGAUUCCAACAAGGAUAAAAAGUUGUAUUCAAAGUCAACUUGACAAACACAUUAAUAUUCACAAUUUGGAGUUACAUGGAGUUGAGUCACUUCCUGUCUAG